AUGGCUUCAUUAGAAAUGCUCAAUAGAUGGACAACCACAAGUGGAACAACUACAACCAGUGCAACGACAACCACAAGUGGAACUACCACAACCAGUGGUACAACAACCACAAGUGGAACAACCACUACCAGUGGAACAACAACGGAAACGACCCCAUGUGACAAGAUUGAUCUGAUGAACCCAAGUGAGAACCCAUCACCAGCACCGACAUCAUCCCCAGUCGGUAAUGGAGGAGACAACCCUCUGUCGGAAAUACCUUUGGACGAGUCACCCUUCGUUGACUCAGUGAAGGGCACAUCUCCAACGAUCUUCACUUCAGUGCCUUCUCAGGAAACAACCAACCCUCAGGAUACUGAGUUCACUGUCAAACCUUCGACUGAUAAGAUUAUCUUGGUAACCAAAGAGAAACCUGACGACUUCACAGUCAAUGGGACACCAGUUGAUACCUCUAGCAGUACCGAAGGCACCGUUGAUGGCACACCCGUUUUCCUCACUACUGUGCCACUUACACCAAGUACAGAUCCAGUGAGAGUAAUCACUCCAGCUGGAAAAGACAAACCUGAAGUCUUCCAAGAAAUUGAGGGCAAUCCGGAUCCAGCAAAUCCUUCUCUUUAUGAAGUUCCCGUCAAUGGUCCAGUAUCAAAAAUUCUUGUGCCAGAAACUAGCUCGGUAUCUGAAAUUGUCAUAUGCCAGCACGAGACAACAGGGACAACCACAAGUGGAACAACUACAACCAGUGCAACGACAACCACAAGUGGAACUACCACAACCAGUGGUACAACAACCACAAGUGGAACAACCACUACCAGUGGAACAACAACGGAAACGACCCCAUGUGACAAGAUUGAUCUGAUGAACCCAAGUGAGAACCCAUCACCAGCACCGACAUCAUCCCCAGUCGGUAAUGGAGGAGACAACCCUCUGUCGGAAAUACCUUUGGACGAGUCACCCUUCGUUGACUCAGUGAAGGCAGCACAUCUCCAACGAUCUUCACUUCAGUGCCUUCUCAGGAAACAACCAACCCUCAG